UGUGUGCGCGCGUCUCUGUGUGUGAAUGCAACGGAGUCUGGGAGGGGCAUCUGUCCGUCCGGGCAAUGGCGGAUGAGGAGGCCACCGUAUCUGUGGAGUGGGACAGCGGUGAUGGGUGCUUAGCAGAUUAGCGUCUCACCUCUGCAUUCGUCGUUUCUCUGUUUAGCUUGGUAUUCACCUGUCGCCAUGGAUCCAGAGAAAACGCUGACAUUCUGCCUCGGGCUGAAGGCUGAGGAGAUGACCAUGUCCUUGCAGGGGCUGGAUGGGACUGAGGCUGCCACGGUGGCUGUUUCUCAGAAGGAGGCUGACGUGCGCACGGUUAAUAAGGUGGUGAAGCAUAACGGUUCUGGUGGUCGGCCAAUUGUGAGUCCCAAAUACUGUCCUGGGAUCAACGACAAUCCAGGUUACCUAUGUGAGACAGGACACUGCUGCGGAGAGACAGGCUGCUGUACCUACUAUUAUGAACUCUGGUGGUUCUGGCUGCUGUGGACCGUUCUGAUCCUCUUCAGCUGUUUCUGUGCGUACCGACACCGCCGGGCCAAGCUGAGGAUCCAGCAGCAGCAGAGGCAGAGGGAGAUCAACCUGAUUGCCUAUAACGGGGCCUGCAGCUACCCUUCCUCAAUGCUGGACCUCAGUUUUCUGGCUUCCUUCAAGUUGCCCUCCUAUGAGGAGGUGGCAGCUCAGCCCACCACCCCUCCUCCGUCUUACAGCUCUGUCUUUGCCCUGCAGGGAGGUGCCAUGGGGGGUCCUAACUCCUCUUACCUCCAUCACCACCACCGUCAGCCUUGUCCUCCGUACCUUGGCCCUGGAGCUGGACCUGGACCUGGACCUAGUGGCCUGACAUCCUCCCAGAGCUCUGACAACUACACCAGUUGCUCCUGCGAGUCGUGCUCCCUCACCUCCCCAUCCAGCACAUCCUUCUCAGUCCAGGUGACGGAUGAAACAUAUGACAGCAGCCACAUAUCCACCCCCAGUGAAGCAGGGGGUGACUGUGCUGUCAUGCCUAGAGUUGGAGCCAAUUUCACAUCAACCCCUUCCCCGCCACCUCCAUCACAAGUCCCAUCUGAUGUGAUACCUGCAGUCACUCCAGAUGUCGUACCUGUACCAAGACGGUCCUCUAAUGGAAGCAACGGAGCCUCACUUUCAGCUCCACCGCUCUCUCUUUCAUUACACUCUCAUCCUCCUCAUCACUCUCACCUCCAGCUGUCUCCCCUCAUCUUGUUAUCUUCCCUCCCUCCAAGUCAAGUCCAUUCUUUCAUCCUCUCGGACCCACUUGGAGCCGUGGCCGUUCAGAAAUUUAAAGGAGAAGAGCCCCCUUCUUUUGGUCCCGCCCCCAGGCCUACUGUCUAUCCACCUAAACAGGCUCGCCUGUCCUCCAAUGUUCCUGCUUUCACGCGUUCUAACUACAAAGAGGGGCAAAAGCAAGAAAGAGAGGAGGAGGAAGACGAAGACGAAGACGACGAGGAGGAUCAUUUCCGCCAUCGCCGGCUAACAGGUGACUCCGGCAUUGAGGUCUGUCGCUGCCACGUGAAGAGAGAGGCGGAAGAGGAGAUGCAUCAGGGGCUUUCUGGUAAAGGAUGGAAAGAGGCUGCGAAAGAAGUGGAGAGGGCAGACGUGCUGCAUGACAGCGUGGACUGUUCCCUCCGAGCUGUUCAGUCGCCACUACUGGACGAUUGUGCCGAUCAGUGCAGCCGGUCUCCUCAACCUCCGGUGUAACCAAGAAAACGGGCGAGGCCUUGGCCACCGUGGAGACAUCGUACACCGUCAGCAAGUGAGAUGUAGAAGUGGAAAAAAAGUGAGAUGUUGACGCUUGAUGGCUUCCUUAUCGGUCAAGACGAGUAGGUGAAAAGUUGAAUCACUGAAGAAAAGUCUUGCAGGUCUCGUUGUGACGGUCACAAACAGAGGGACAGGAAGAUUGAUGCACUCUCUUUUUUCAGUUUAUUCUAUCUCGGAUCAAGAAAGAGAAGAGAAGAGAGAAGCUGACCUAUGAGAGUUCAUUUAUUGUAGUUUAGGAGAAGGCAUAUCUUUAGAUAAAAUGCCAAUCCCUCCUUCUCUGCCUCCAUUUUUCCACAUCGUAAACAAAUCAAUUUUCAGCUCUGUUUUAAAAGGCCAACAUACUGUACCUCUGCCACUCUACACAUACCUCUACUUUCAUCUCUUUCCCCUGCAUGAUGCAACAUUGCAGAGAGAGGAGCCAGGACCCAUCAAUGGAGUCACAAAAUAAAUCAGAGGUGUCCAAAUUAGCACUUGUUUUGGCACCUAAAAGACCUAAUCAGUCUUAGAAACGAAGAUCAAUCACAAGUGGAACUGGUCACACAACAGUGGUCUCUUAAAAUCUUUUAUUUGAAGAGGUCAUACAGCAAGAAGAUUGGGAACAAUUGCCUCAUAUUUCACAUUUCUCCAAUAAUCCUAGGCAGUUUAAUCAGCGACUAUAAGAAUGAACAAGACUGUUUAUUAUUUAUUGACUUCCUGUAGUCUUUAAAAAAAAAUCUUUCUCGUAUAUUCUGGGAGUAUAUGAAGUUGAUUUCAUGAACAUUUGAUUUUCAAAAGAGCAGCUCUGACAUUGGUGUCUGGAUCACAUAAUGUGCCCUUGAUUUACUUUCUAACUUUUGAAAAGGUCAAUGAUUGAACAUGUGGUUCAAUGACACAAGACUGACCGGGGACUUUCCUUUUGUGUGGUGGGGUGUUUUUUUGUUUGUUUUUUUUUUUGCUUUCACCAGCUUUAUCACUCUGUUAAUCAGAGGGAAAUGAAGAAGGCAACUAUUACAGCUGAUUAAAGAAGUGCGUGUUUUAUACAUUGUGUCUUAUGUUGCUCCCUAAAGAAGGGUGCAUACGUUGAUUUGAAAGAGUGUUGGUGGCAAAGCUUUACAAUGGUUUGUUGUUUCAGACUGUUACAUGAUUAUACUGUUUAAUUGACUGACUGUUUGACUUUGGAUUUAACGUGUUUUUAACAUGUUCCUGGUCGUCCGUUGCCAUUUUUUGUAAGGCAAUGUAAAUCUGAUUCCUCCAUUGGACAGACUGUUGAGUUUGUUUUCUUAACAGGCAGAAACGUUAAGCCUAAUCUCAUCUAGAUAAUGAAUGUAAAAGGUUAUGCAUCGCAGCAAACACCUAUAUAUAUAUAUAUAUACUUCAAUGUUUACGGAGAACUGUUAUAGCAUGUUGCUUUAAGAAAAGAAAAGAAAAAACUCUGGAAAAGUGUUGUAGACUGCAGCAGGGCUUUACAAUCUGCCAUGUGUGGGAUUUGAGCAGACACUUUCAAGUGAAGUGCCCAUUGUAAUAUGUGAGUCCAGUGAUUCUCGUGAAACAUCAUAGUGAAGAUGUACCAUGUAGGGGUUUGAGUCACAGUUAGAAUAAUGCCUCUUUUAUUAUUAUCACUGUGGCUAUACAUUUUUUUUCACUUUAGAGACUCACGUUUUUUAAAAUGUGUCCUGAUUGGUCCGUUAUUGUACGUCAAACGGUUUUGUCCAUUGUUGUGUAGUUGUUCAGUGUCUGUCAUUAGAGAGUAGCCUCUGUCUGUCAGUAGGGGGGGGGGGGGGGGGGUUGAUACCCUUGAUUGAUGUUCUGUACAUCCUUUGAUUAGAUCAAGGUAGUCGAUCUCGGGUUUUAGGAUUAGACAGUACAUGUCUGCUACUCCCACUGCUGAGUACAAAAUGUGCUGAAGCUUAAAGCAACAUUAAGGAAGAGAGAAUGUCUCAGAUCCCAUUUUGUACACGUUUGUCUUGCUGUAGUUAUUAAUAUACGUCCAGUGUCUCUGCAGAGGGCCACGUUUGGGAUGUCCUCUGCUCUGUGUAAAACUAGCUUCAUCGUCAAGUGCAUGAAAGGGAAAGCUUUUAACUCGUGUGUGGUUCUGUGGGCAGAAAACCUGACCUCAGUUUAGCUCAGUACCACCUUUAUUUGUCAGGAAAAAGAAAUAGGCCUGUUUGAACGUACUUUUAAUAGGGUGUGUGAGCAGGUUUGUGUUGCAGUUUUGUCAGGAAGGUUAUCUUGGAAACUCUUUUCAAAGCUAUGUUGCUGUGAUUCACGGGUGUGUCUCAGAGGUGACAUAGACUGUGCAUCCUCUGAAAAAUAAUAGAAAAGCCUUUUGGCUAGUUUAAAAAAAAAAUGGUUUUAGGAUGAAGAGCUGUUUUCUUAUUAGUUUGAGCUUACACAAUAUGAUCCAAGUAUAUGGUGCCUAGAUGAAUUUAGAUUUUUUUUUUUGGUAAUGUAUUCUAUAGUUCACUGCUGCUAUGUGAAAGAGAGAGCGUGUGUGUUAUCUGUAAAUUGUGUAUAUUUGUACAUCAAAUGGUCAAACAUUUUCUAGCAGUGCUUAGCAGUGUCUUUAUGAAACAUACACAGCACAUAGUUCAUGUGAUCUUUGCAAAACUAGUAUUUAGCAAUAGUAUUCACACUUUUUCCUUACUCUGGUUGAUGCUGGUUGGUAGGAAAUUAGCUGUUGUGAAGAAGACAAAAAAGAAGACAUUUACCUCUUUAUAUCUGAUCCGUGGGCUGUGCUGGGCAGAGGCCCGUGAUUGUACAUAAAACUGCAUUUUAAAAGCCUUUGGUUCAAGGUUUUCCAAGUGCACACUUUGAUUAUGUGGUUCCAUUUAUAGCCCCAGUCUGUGCCUCCUUAUUUAUUACUAUUACAUUAAAAACUGUAAUUCUAUAAAAAUAGAUACCCUGACAAUCCCCAAUCCUCUGAUUUCUCAAAAAAACUUUUGUCCAUUUUAAUUAAUUUAAAAAAAAUAGCACUGUUGCACGAUAUCAAAUAUUUUAAAGCUAUUUCCAAUGUUGUGACUGUUUCCUGCAACAACCAUAGACGACGGCAAGAUUUAGAAAACAUAAUUAUUUAGUUUGAUUCCUGAUUUCAUAAAAUACAUGUUUUUCCCCCCAGAUAUACGUAUGCGUUUCUGUGGGUCUCACCUCUUAAAGUUAAAAUUGUCCUUCUUUAUGACAAUUUGAACUUGUGUUUGAAAAUUUGGAUGCACCUGUUAACUCUUGUCUCCAAAUGAUUUUUUGUGUCUCUUUAAAGUGGGACUUUAGCUCUAUUCCCUUUACAUAUAAAUCUAAACUUUCUUUUCUUGUGCUUAAUUGAAAAAUUGAAACGAUUGUGCUUAGAAACUUUACUCCAAACUAAGGAGGUCAUGAAACGCCUUUCCCGCCCCCUGCUGAAAACCUAAUGUAAGUUUAUCUUGGUGGAUAAAAGUAGAUUUUUUUUUUAAACAUUGUCAGAUGUUUUUUUGUCUUACAAGAACUAAUGUUGAGCUCCUGAGCUGGACUGUUAUGGUAAUACGGCACAAACGGAGGCUAUUUUGAUUCCCACUCUGAUGUAACAUCGGAACCAACUGAUCUGAGUUGAGUGUAUUCAUAACUAGUUUGACUUUAUUUUGCCUUGUCAGCAGCUUGUAUGUAUACGGACAAAUUGCCCAACCCCUCCCUCAUUGCCACAGAAGGCCAAUGCCUGUUACAAGACUGUUACCUCGCAGAGUUUUGACUGUAAAAAGGACUGUUUACUUCUGCUUAUCAAGAAAGUAUUUACUCUAUAUUUGUACUGACUUUAUUUUGUAAUGCCAAGUAUUGAGGGAUUGAAAACCAACACAGAGCCCACACUAGGAACGGCUAAACUCGUUUGCCAGGAAUAUGAAAUCCUGUUGAUUCAGGAUUACUGAAGACUGCUUGUCUCCCGAGAAACAAAGUGUUCUCCUUUUCCUCCUGCAGCUAUGAGACGGCAGGAUUUAUACAAGUAUCUAUAUGUCAUUCUUAGUGGAAUAGUUCAGAUUAAUAUUACUACACAGUGCGGUGUUCUUUUAGGGUAUCCGUGUGCAUUUCUACCUGCAGCUCUUACUGUGUCGUAUGCAUGUGUGAGAGGGUUGCUGUCAGCUGUGUUGUUGUGAUGUCCAAUCAUUGUUGCUUAUUAUCAGGCCAAAGUUGAUCGUAGUUGUUAACAUGAUAUUUGUCGAUAUGAAUAUCCAAACAUUUUUAUGUCAUCAUGAAUAUCAAGUUGAUUUGUAUCUAGGUGUACUGAAGAAAAAUCUGAUGUUAAAUCCAAAAAUGAGAUGCUCUCACACUUUUGAAUAUUUUGUUUUGGUUGCUCAUAUCCUGGUGCUUUUUUUUUUUUUUUUUUUUCUAGAUAAGUGAAUUUGUAUUUUUAGGUUGCAUUCAAUUUUUUUAGGCUCAUUUGUAUUGAAAUAUGUUGGACACAAACAUGUGUGCUACUUUAUUUGACAGAAACUGUGGAUUUUGUGUCAAAAUAAAGUAUAAAAAAAAAUGACACUAAA